CCACUUUUAGCUUUGGAACCCAACGCCAGCCCUCUCUUCGGAGGCUGGGGAUAGAGCUCCGGCCGGGGCAUUUGCGAGAGGCGCGGAGGCAGCAGCAGCGGCGGCCUCGGCGGCUGCAUCAGGGCACCCGGCGUGCGGGGCAUGAACUUGGAGGGAGGCGGUGGCGGCAGCGGCGGCGGCGGCAGCAGUAGCGAGUGCGGGAUGAGUUCUGUGAGUUGUGGAAACGGCAAACUCCGCCAAUGGCUGAUUGACCAGAUUGACAGCGGCAAGUACCCGGGCCUCGUGUGGGAGAAUGAGGAGAAGAGCAUCUUCCGCAUCCCCUGGAAACACGCCGGCAAGCAGGACUACAACCGCGAGGAGGAUGCUGCCCUCUUCAAGGCUUGGGCACUCUUUAAAGGGAAGUUCAGGGAAGGUAUUGACAAACCAGACCCUCCAACCUGGAAGACAAGGUUGCGCUGUGCUCUCAACAAGAGUAAUGACUUUGAAGAGUUGGUUGACAGAAGCCAACUGGAUAUCUCAGAUCCAUACAAAGUCUACAGAAUUGUUCCUGAAGGGGCCAAAAAAGGAGCUAAACAAUUGGGCUUGGAGGAUCCCCAGAUAAUUAUGAACCACUCUUUUGCAAUGCCUGCUCCAUACCCAUCACUACAAACUCAGGUUCCAAACUAUAUGAUGCCCCAUGACCGUAAUUGGAGAGAUUUUGUUCCAGAGCAGCCUCACCCAGAAAUCCCCUAUCAAUGUGCAACUGUCCCUUUUGGACCUCGAAGUCACCACUGGCAGGGCCCUGCCUGUGAGAAUGGUUGCCAGGUGACGGGCACCUUUUAUGCUUGUGCGCCACCUGAGUCACAGACUCCUGGAAUACCCAUCGAGCCAAGUAUAAGGUCUGCUGAAGCCCUGGCCCUCUCAG